GCGCUGGUCCUGCUGCUCGCGCCGCCGGGGCGCGCGUGGUACCGGGCGGCUGCUGGGCCCGGCUACUACUCGGUGGGCCGCGCCGCGGGGCUGCUCUCCGGCCUCCGCAGAUCGCCGCACGCGCGGCGCGCAGAGCCCCCGGCCGAGGUGGGACCCCCGGGCCGGGCCGACGUCCUCCUGGAGCUGCGCCCCAGCCCGCAGAGCCUCGCCGUGUGCAUCCGGCAAGUCGUCCCCAGCCCGCGGAGCUGCUGGCGCCACCCCGACAGCGUCGGGACUUUCCAGUGCAAGGCAGACGUCGUCCUGUCGCUGCGUGCCACCGACUGCCGCGGAGCCUGA